CCUCUCCCUCUCCUCCAGGUUCUGCGGGACAGACAUAUCCGCUGGCCAAGUGUUCCAGUCCGUCGGCGGCGAAAUGAUCCUCUACUUCAAGGUCGGGUCUAAUUUCAAGAAGGGGUGGGCGGCUGACGUCACCUUCGUUCCAAUUCCUUCGUGCGGCCCUUCGGAUACGACUACGACAACCACAACCACGACUACUAGUACCAGUACGACUACAAGUACCAGUACUACUACGGCUACUAGUACCAGUACGACUACGGCUACAAGUACUAGUACCAGUACGACUACAAGUACCAGUACUACUACGGCUGCAAGUACUAGUACCAGUACGACUACAGGCAAGUCUACAACUACAACUACAAGUACUUCUUCAACUACAAGUACCACGACAACCUCAAGUACAACCACAAGCACGUCAACAAGCACAAGCACGACGACAUCAUCCACAACCACAACAACAGCGACAACCACAACGACAACAACCACGUCGACCACUACAACAGCCACAACGACGACAACGACGACUACAACCACCACCUCAACCACCACAACCACAACGGCUGUGCUUGACCAGUGUACCAUCUACACAGAAAACGGAGCCACCUAUUUCAUUUCGCCGUAUUUCCCUGAAAGUUACCCACCAAAUGCAUACUGUGCUCUUUCGAACAUUACAGACGAACUCGCGACGGUGUACCUCUACAUCAGGGUCCUUCGGCUGCGACCUGGCGACGUCCUGCAGAUCCAGAACCCUUACACACCACCGCUAACCUUGACGGGAAGGAAGAACAACUACAGACGUGUCAUCCCCAGCGCACAGUUCCUCGCUACUUUCACGUCCAACUCUCUCAGACAGUGGAAAGGUUUUUAUGCUCAGUUCAGACCGAGGACUUCUGGCUGCCACCAAAUCCUGUCAGCCAGCCCCGGGGGAGCCAUCACGUCGCCCAGAUUCCCCCGCAGAUACCCGAGGAAGAAGUACUGUGAAUGGCACAUCAUCGCGGCGAUGGGUAUGAAAGUUCAGCUGACCUUCACGCACAUGCGCUGGGAACCAACUCCUUGACCUACGUGGCUGUGAACCCGACGACAAACCCUUACUACGUCUCCGGCUCUGUCCUCUACUUCAACGGCUUCUCUCUCCCGCCGACCGUCGUCUCAGACUCAAGCCUCAUGAGGAUUUUCUUCUCCGGGUACCAGAGGACUCGGGGCUUCAGGCUGCUGUACAGUGAGGUUCCUAGAGACAGGGAACAGAGGGAGAAGAAGGGAGAUAAGGGCAAAGGAGUGAGGAAGAAGGAGAGAAGGAGGAUAGGUGGAGAGAAAGGGGGGAAAUCCAUGUUACUGAUUCAGCAGAAUUCAUCACUAAUUACUUUUCCUCAGUUUUGUGGUAAAGGUUUUAAGUUUCAGGGUUUCAGGGCGGGUGGUUGCCUAGUCAUGCUUAAAUUGAAUAUACUGAAGAAGGCUUCUUUACCUUGUUUUUCUUGACC